AUGACUACAGAACAGUCAGGAAAUACGAAAGCAGAGCCGGCUCUCCCUUCACCUGCCAAUCAGAGCGAGCCAGUGUCUGAAAAACCAAACUACGCUCUGAAAUUCACUCUGGAGGGACACACGGAAGCAGUAUCAUCAGUUAAGUUUAGUCCUAAUGGAGAAUGGCUAGCAAGUUCUUCUGCUGAUAAAGUAAUUAUAAUUUGGGGAGCCUAUGAUGGAAAAUAUGAGAAAACACUUAAAGGACACAAUCUUGAAAUAUCAGAUGUUGCCUGGUCAUCAGAUUCCAGUCGUCUUGUUUCUGCCUCAGAUGAUAAAACUCUAAAAAUUUGGGAUGUGACAUCUGGAAAAUGUUUGAAAACACUAAAGGGGCACAGUAAUUACGUUUUUUGCUGUAAUUUCAAUCCACCGUCCAACCUCAUCAUUUCAGGAUCUUUUGAUGAAAGCGUGAAAAUAUGGGAGGUGAGAACAGGCAAGUGCCUUAAGACUUUGUCAGCUCAUUCUGACCCAGUUUCUGCUGUUCAUUUUAAUUGUAGUGGGUCCUUGAUAGUAUCAGGUAGCUAUGAUGGUGUCUGUCGAAUCUGGGAUGCUGCAUCAGGUCAGUGUUUAAAAGCACUUGUUGAUGAUGAUAACCCUCCUGUCUCUUUUGUAAAAUUUUCUCCAAAUGGUAAAUAUAUUCUCAUUGCAACUUUGGACAAUACUCUUAAACUAUGGGAUUACAGCAGAGGCAGAUGCCUGAAGACAUAUACUGGUCACAAGAAUGAGAAAUACUGUGUAUUUGCCAGUUUUUCAGUUACUGGUGGAAAAUGGAUUGUCUCUGGUUCAGAGGAUAACCUGGUAUAUAUUUGGAACCUUCAAACUAAGGAGAUUGUACAGAAAUUACAAGGUCAUACAGAUGUGGUAAUCUCAGCAGCUUGUCAUCCUACAGAAAACAUCAUUGCUUCAGCAGCAUUAGGAAAUGACAAAACAGUUAAAUUGUGGACGAGUACUUACUAA